AUGCAGCCACUCGCUGGGAAAGUCGCCCUUGUAACCGGAAUCGGUCGGGCGAUUUGUCUUCGUCUCGCACGCGAUGGUGCAAUAGUAGUCAUAAAGUAUAACAUUGACUCUUCGUCAGCAAACGAAGUUGCAUCAAUUAUCGGAGAGAAGAACGCUACGGUUAUUAAAGCUGAUGCCGGCAAUGUUGAAGAUAUCUCGAGAUUGGUUGAUACAACCGUUGAGAAACAUGGAAAGAUCGAUAUCUUGGUUGCCUGCACUGCAACUAUGAGGUUGAAUGAAUUGGAAAAUGUCACUGGUGAGGAGUUUGAUCAGGCGUUCGAUUUAAAUAAAUCCGUUCCUCGUAUGGCAUCCGGUUCUCGCAUCAUACUCUUCUCCACAACCCAAUGCCACGCCAGCACAGUAGCACCACAAUAUUUAACAUACAUUAUGUCGAAAGGUGCCAUCGAGCAAAUGACCCGAGGUCUUUCGAAAGAUCUAGCACGAAAGAGUAUUAUGGUCAAUACUGUAGCGCCAGGACCAACGGCGACCGAGCUAUUCUUCAGAGGCAUGAGUGAACAACUUUUGAAGACACUUGCUGGCUUAAAUCCUCAGAAUAGAAUUGGAGAAUCAGAUGAGAUUGCAGAAGUUGCAUUCUUGAGUAGCGAGGCAAAUUUGUGGGUGACGGGUCAGACACUUCAAGUGAAUGGUGGAAUGGCAUAA